AUGACACGUGAUGAUGAUCAUGAUGAAUUAUUUCUAGCUACUUCAACAUCAAUUGAAGUAUAUUAUCCUGCAGCGUUUAAUUUUUCUAAACGAUAUAAUUUAAAUAAAGGAAAUAUUUAUUCAUUAAGAUUUAAAUCAUUAUUAUAUUUUUUCUGUCUUGUUAAACAUUUUUUUGGUACAUAUAAAAUAAAAUAUCAUAUUCAUGGACCUGAUCAUGAACCUGUUGAAAUUGAUUUUACACCACCAUAUAAACGUAUUUAUUUGCUUUAG